GAGGGGAUUGGAACACCUGAAUCACAUGAUAUGGAGGGGAUUGGAACACCUGAAUCACAUGAUAUGGAGGGGAUUGGAACACCUGAAUCACAUGAUAUGGAGGGGAUUGGAACACCUGAAUCACAUGAUUAUGGAGGGGAUUGGAACGCCUGAAUCACAUGAUUGGGAGGGGAUUGGAACGCCUGAAUCACAUGAUAGGGAGGGGAUUGGAACGCCUGAAUCACAUGAUAGGGAGGGGAUUGGAACACCUGAAUCACAUGAUAGGGAGGGAUUGGAACACCUGAAUCACAUGAUAGGGAGGGGAUUGGAACACCUGAAUCACAUGAUUGGGAGGGGAUUGAAUACCUGAAUCACAUGAUAGGGAGGGGAUUGGAACACCUGAAUCACAUGAUUGGGAGGGGAUUGGAACACCUGAAUCAUGAUUUGGAGGGCGGGGACAAUA